AUGUUCUAAUGUCAAAAUUAAAAUUUGGAUGAGGUCUACUAGGAGCAUUGUGAAUAAAAUCUAAAUAGCGGAGACAAACUAGUCAACUUUAUUUUGAGGAUAAUAAUUUUGUUAAUUUCCAUUCUGUCAAGUUUAUUUGUGCUAAUAAUAAUCAAGAAGAGUAAAAAAACCUAAUUUUGGCCUUUUCAGUUAAUCUUUAUGCAGGUAUUAUCCGAGCUGAUUGAUCUCAUAUUGGCCUUGUCAUUUACGAUUAAUAGUUCAUGUUAACCAAAUGUUUGCAAAAUUAUUGCCUAUAUUAUGCACUCUAAUUGGUUGGCAUCAUUAAAUUUUAUGUUAUUCUAAUGCUUCAUCUACUUUUGCUUGAUUAAGGUAAACUAUGAAUUUACCAAUAGUCAGAAUUGUUAUUCAACUACAUAAUGAAUUAUCUGUACUUCUUCAUCUCUUUAUUAUAUUUGAUUCCAUAUGGACUUUUAUUUUAUGUAUAUUACGAUGGUGGAUUUGGUCCUUCAGGAUGGUAUCUAUAGAAUGGUGAGUUCAACUUCAUCUUUUGUGGAUGUAUAUUUCUACUUUAAAUUAAGUUAUUAAUAAACAUUUAGUAGGAUUUUGGAUUAUCCCUGUCUCAUCCAUAUUUGUGCUUUCAAUUAUACUUUCUGUGUUUGUAAAGAAAAUCUAUAUAUUUAAACUAGAAUUUCUGUUAUUGGAAUCAACUCAAGAACAGAAAGGGAUUGAAGUAUCCUGCCUUAAGAAUUCAAUCAGUAAUCUUAUUCCCGCUCCUUUACUCAUUGGCCUGGGUAGUCAAUUUUAUUAUAAGGUACGGAAAAUGUCUACAAUAUAUUAGAUUUUUUGACACCAAUGCUAACAAUAAGAACUACUGUCCUACUGAAAAAAUGAAUAUGUAUUUUUACAUAUUUUAUUUAUUUUUAAAUCUGGGAUUUGAGUUGCAUUUGACAGUGGGAGCAAUCCUAUUCUAUUUAAUCUACAGGUAUGUUUUUGAUUAAUUCAAAAGAAGAGUACUUGGAAUAGAUUCUUUGAGGAAGGGUUGUUAAAAAGGGAGAUAAUAGAUAGAAUCAGUACAACUUUACUUAUCGGAUUAUUCAAAUAUAUAAUUAUGA